GGCGCGGUGGUGUUGUUGUUGUUAAGGCGCUAUGGUUUGUCAGUGCGGCCUCGAUCUUUUCCCGUGAGUUUUUGUCGCGUUCUGCGGGUUUCAUGUUCCGCGCCGCCGAGAUCAAGAGCUUCGGUAAAGCGGGAACCGGCUGGCACUUUCGGCGGACGAUGGACGAGCUGGUCCAUGACCUGGUGUCGGCUCUGGAGGAGAGUUCAGAACAAGCCCGUGGAGGGUUUGGAGACGGUGGAGAUCACGCCCUGGCCGUCGGUUGCCUGCUGAAACGCCAGGCCCGCAAGCGUCGUGGCCGUAAACGUCGGUCUGAUAACCCUCACCCGCCGUGGGACACCUGCCACCUGAGCGAAGGCUCCGAAUCCAGCCUAGAAGAGCAGAAAGACUACCGUUCAUCCACGGCAGCGGGGAGCGCUCACACCCGCGAUAACAACAGCGACUCGGAUGAGCAGCUGGGUGCGAAGCGGCGUACGCCCCUCACCGACUCCAGCAGGGGGAAGAGACCGCUGUGGCUUGACGACUUGAGUGGAGCGGACGUUUUGGGAACGCGCAGUCUGCGGAGACGUCGGAAAGUCAAGCGCAUGGCUGUGGACCCGCCACUAGAUGUCGCCACCAUGCUGGCGCCGCCGUCCAGAGCGCCAGUGGUGGGCGGCAGUAGGGACGCGGGGUUUAGUCCGGAGGCCAAAGGAAGCGAUGCGAACAAGAACAGGGUGAAGAAAAGGAAGUUCACGGCGCAGAGACUCGCACAGGACGCGGCGGAUGAAGGCGUGGUGGUGGAGAGCGAAGAGGCGGGACAAGCGGCCAAAGAUAAGAUGGACUUUGAGGAGCAGAAAGGCUCAGAUGAGGAGAUGAGUGACAGGUGCGAGACGAGCAGCGUGAGUAACAGCAGUGAUGGGGGUCUGUACACAAACGACGAGGGAAGGCAAGGCGACGAUGAGCAGAGCGAUUGGUUCUAUGAGGGCGAGCCGGGCGGGGCUUGUGGAAUCGCGGGUGUGGUGCCGUGGUGGGAGAGAGACUCUAACGAACUGGACCUCAACGACCCCGUGUUCAACAGCAUCCUGACCGGAGCGUUCCCGAUAAUGUCACAGGGAUCUCAAAGAGGAUUUCAAGCGCGGCUCGCACGGCAGGCCUGUCUUCAGCAAUCGCAGGGAACAUCUCAAGGAAUUCCUGAUAGAUUACCCAGAUUAUCCCAGGAUCAUCAUGACUCAUGGUUCAGCUCUGGGGCCAGAAGAGACCAAUUGCUUUGGGAUUCUCGCAGCGACAGAAGCCACAGGAAAAGCUGCUCUUUAAAGACUGCCAGCCGACAAACUAGUGGUCAUCUUGGCUCUUUAUGUACUGGAGAUAUAAAGAGACGACGGAAAGCUGCACCUGUCGGAGCGUCAUCAUCCUCAGGUGUGGUGGGUGAGGGUGCUGCUCCUGUCCCGGACUCAAACGUGGGGAACCGUAUGCUGCAGAGCAUGGGCUGGACCCCAGGGUCGGGCCUGGGCCCUGAGGGCAGAGGCAUCACAGAGCCCAUUCGUGCAUUACAGAGGCCGAAAGGAGCCGGACUGGGCUUCAACUGACCUCAAGCCGAGAACAUAGAGAGCAACUCAAGCAGAGACGGCGACCCGGGCCUGCGGCCGUCUUUCUCUCCGUUAACCUCAUCGUUAACGGCAGCCAGCCAGCACAGGGCAGCACUGAGGUGAUAGAGAUGUAGGAAAACAUGAUGGAUGACAUGAAAGGAAAUAGGACACCUGCACUGGCCCAGACAUGGACUGACUGUAGAGCUGCCUCACUGCCGCCACACACACACACACUGACACACACACCGACUCAUUUCAACACAACCGUUAAAGCAAACGAUUUCAAUUAACUCCAAAAAAUCAUUAGUCACCAAAAAAAAAUUCACUAAUUUGUAAUGAACAUUUUUCUGACAGUAUAGGAUAAAUUUAAUGAGAAAAUAUUUAAUUGCAAAAAUCAUAGGAAAAACAAAUAAGAAAUUAUAUUUUGCAUAACGAAAAUGAAGCCUGUUUAUAGGACCGUUAAGAUUUUGGAAUUUUUGACAAUAUUUUCAUGUUAAUUAAGCACAUUUCCCUCAACAAUAUAUAUAAAUAUUUUUUGACAUUGUAACAACAAUCAAAAUUAAUAAUGAUACUAAAAAAACAGACUUCAUUUUUAUCAUGCAAAAUAUGAUUUAUUAUAUUAUUAUUUUGAUGUUGGUUUUUCACUCAGUAGUUCAACACCCUACAGAAGUAUUUUAUUGAGCCUGUAGGUCGUUAUCAGUGAUGUUAAUUACAAACCAACAGCCAAACCUCAGCGCUCAGCGAAUACCAGCGGAAAUCAAAUCUUUAAUUAAUUUGUUUUUCAAAAAUAAUUUUUAAGUACACUACCAGUCAAAAGUUUUUGAACAGUAAGAUUUUUAACGUUUUUUAAAGAAGUCUCUUCUGCUCACCAAGCCUGUAUUUAUUUUAUCCGAAGUACAGCAAACAGUAAAAAUAUGAAUUAAUUUUAAUUGUUUUCUAUUUGAAUAUAUUUUAAAAUGUAAUUUAUUCCUGUGAUGUCAAAGCUGAAUUUUAAACAUUAUUACUGCAGUCACGUGAUCCUUCAGAAAUCAUUCCAAUAUGCUGAUUUGCUGUUCAAGAAACAUUUGUUUAUUAUUAUUAUCAUCAAUAUUUAAUAAAGUUGAGUCCUUUUUUUUUUUUUUUUUUUUUUAGGAUUCUUUGAUGAAUAGAAAGAUCCAAAGAUCAGUAUCUGAAAUAAAAAGUUUUGUAACGUUAUACACUAUACCAUUCAAAAACUUGAAUUUUUUUUAUUUUAUUUGGAAAGAAAUUAUAUAAAUUAAUACUUAUAUUUAUCCAAAGAAACCUGAAAUUUUUUUUACUAAACUGUUUUCAACAUAAUAAUAAUAAUAAUAAUAAAUGUGUUUUGAGCAGCAAAUCCGCAUAUUAGAAUGAUUUCUGAAGGAUCAUGUGACUGGAGUAAUGAUGCUAAAAAUUCAGCUUUGAAAUCACAAGAAUAAAUUAUAUUUUAAAAUAUAUUCAAAUAGAAAACGGUUAUUUUAAAUAGUAAAAAUAUUUAAAAAUUUCACUGUUUUUGUACUUUGAAAUAAAGGCAGGCUUGGUGAAUAGAAGAGACUUCUUUAAAAACAUUAAAAAUCUUACUGUUCAAAAACUUUUGACUGGUAGUGUAUUUCCACCUCUUAAAAACCAAUGUGUUUUAGCAGAUUAGAUCGGUUGAAAUUAUCGUCUGUCUUCUGUAUCCAUUUGAUAUUUGUAUAUCUGAUGUCGCUGAUAAUAUCAUUUUUUAGUCUGUAUUUUUUUUUUUUUUUUAGCAAAUGAAAUUUGUUUUUCAUUUAACUUAAGAUGAUUUUUUUACGUUUUUGGAUCCUAUUUUUGUGCAAAUAUUAUGCACUAAUAAUGAAUGUCAAUACCUCAGCCAAUCACAUGCUCAUGAUAACCGCAUGUAUGAAAUACUGUUCCUUUAUGUGAGUCGACGCGUGUUUUAAUGAUUAUAUAUGAGGGUUUGGGGUCCAUUCUGUAUUUCCAGCGCGUAUGAUUUGAAAUUCAGCGAAGCCUGUGUGUUUCUCAGCAGAGUUUGAGUAAUGAAUAGGAUUAAUUGACUGAAUUGGCUUAGUUGAGAUGGAAUUAACUGUUCGAGGAGGUGACACACUUACUACUGACGACUGUCAUUUCUGGUCGUCACGAGGUGAAGAUUACGCCAUUGUUGGGUAAACAGUGCUUCUUAUGAACAAUCCCAGAUGACUGGAGAUGCUGUUAUCUCAGCAGAGCAUCACUGAGACAGAAAUAUGUGACAUUACUUCCUCUCUGGUGUUUGAGCAGAGCUGUACUUCCCUGAAUGAAGAUAAGUGUUUUUAUUUGUUUUUUUGGGAACACGUUGUAUUUUUAAACCAUGUUUGCACUCAGAAUGAACGGUUGUUGAACGAGGUGCAUGUCGGGUUCGUCUCUUCCUGUGAUCUGUACCACAUGCCAAACUCACAAACAUGCCACAUUUGUUUACAUUGGUCUUUUUGUCGUUUUUUUGCCAACUUGCAUAUUAGGAACAGGGGUGAUAUGGUCUGGUCUCUGUGUGUGUUCUGAAGUCAAAGUGAAGUAUUGUUCAUAUACUGUAGAUCAGUAUUAAAGCGUUCUCUGCUCAAGGUUGAAUCUUUGAGUCUUUCCCAUGAUCCUCUAUCGGCUUCAAUUUCACUGUACGUUUAUUAAAGUUUACUAAAAAUAAAGCCAUGAAGAAAAGAAUAAAAUAAAAUAGAAUGACGUAAAAUAAAGUGCAACGGAAACAAAUGAGGUCUCAGGUUUUUAAUAUUAUAUUUUAUUGCCAUGGUAACAUUUCUCGUUUUCAUAUAAUUUACCUCAUGUAAUAAAAU